AUGAACUUGCCAAUUUCUUGGACAGAUUCGGAGCUUGAAGAACUGGAAGGAAGUGAAGUGCACACUCACGUUAUGCGUUUGAAGGAAGAACUCCCUGAAGAGUUUCAGGAACUUCAAACAAAACUCCGAGAGGAGCUUUGCAUCAAUUUACUGUUGGAGUUUGAACAAUUCCUGUGGGCAUGGAGCAUCUAUUCCUCCCGAGUCAUGUCUCUCACAACGGAAAGUGGGGGAAGCAUUUUUGCAAUUGUACCAGGGCUGGAUAUGUUUAAUCAUUCUCCAGGCAUGCCUACAGGCCUGUUCGAGCUAGCGAAGGACCAUGUCAUUGUGAAAGCAGGGGAAGAUCUCAUGGCAGGAGAGCAAGCCUAUAUCAACUAUGCUGAUAUGUACAACAGUCAAAUGAUCCUCUCUUUUGGUUUUCUCCUUGAUGAGCGCACUGUACAAAGUAGUGAGAUCACCUUGUCCUUGCAAGUCUCGAAAGCUCAGCUGGAAGUUCACCGGCGAAUUCUCGAUGCAACUGCAGCUUCAAGACACAAUCCUUUGGUACAAAUUCUGCAUGUACCUGAAGCUUCAGAUACUGAGCUGAUUGUAAAGCAUGCUUUCACCUUGCAAGAUCCCUUGCCUUUAGCAUUCUUAAGCAUGGUGCGAAUUCAGCAUUUGCAGCUUGGAGAGCAAGCACAUCCCGCAUCUUCUGCAGCUGCAGUUGAGCUGGCACUCCGUGGGCUUCCCAGCAAGGAUGAGCUCCAUGCUCUUUUCCUGAUCUCUGCCCUUCUGGAAUCCAAGCUUCAGCAACUGCAAGCAUCAGCACAACAGGGGGAAACUUCACAUUCACUUGCUAGGAAGCAAAAUAGGUCUGAGCAGCAGGUGCUGCAAGCAAGUCUGGAGGAGGCUCGCCGCUUACAGCUUGCCACGAUACGGACAGGGCUUAAGUCAUUCAGCUCCAAGAAAGGAUAUUCGGAAGGCGAAUGGUCAAAGACACCUUGGCUUCCCCGUUUGAGAGCGGCCUCGUCUGAGCUUCAUGCCAAAGUCUCCUCAGUUGCUCGUUUGAGCAAAAGCAUGCUGAAGUUCCUUCCUGCUCCGCACUUGCUCCAGGCAUGUCACCUGGUGAACUUGUGGAUGGUGGGGCGCCAUGAAGAGCCACCCACGACGGUCUCCACGGUCGUCCCUACCGUCCUGCAUCGCUUUCUCCUGGCAGAAGACACGUGGCCCUUUGAGACCGAGGCGAAGAACGAAGUCGAAGGACGUGCCGGAAGCGACGGACGUCUCCUUGCGACGGAGAGCGCAAGGGAUGGAGGGACGUCUCCAUGUUCGGAGGGUCUCGUGAAGGACGUCUCGUCCACAGAUCCCUCAGGCAGUCCGUCAGGCCACGGCAAAAUGAAUUUUGAAGAUUUGUCAAAUCCUUUGUUGUCUUUGUAUGAUGAGAAGAUGAGCUUGUGGGGUUCUUGGCUGUGUGCACAAUGGCUGCACUGUGAAGCUGUCCAGCUGGAAGACUGGAGUUCUAUGGGAGAAGAGCAAGUGAAAAUUCGAAAUGAAUACAGUUGGAGUGUUCCAACAGAGGAAGCUUUGAGACUUUUGGCUUUGCACCAGCCCCUUGUGGAGCUGGGUGCGGGUGCUGGCUAUUGGGCCUCUUUGCUGAAGCAACUGCCAGUGGACAUUCUGGCCUUUGACGAGAAACACUUUCGAUCUUCAUUCAACGAACGUGCCAACAUUUCUCAAGGCCAAGAAAUCAGCUUCAAGUACUUUUGUGAAGUUCUUCCAGGAGGUCCUGAGAUGAUCAGCCAAUACCCAGACCGUACUCUUGUGCUGAUGUGGCCUGAUUAUAUGGGCUAUGGAACAUAUGGCCUCGAUUGUUUGCACCACUACAAGGGUGACAAGCUGAUUUUGAUUGGAGAAUGGAGGACUAGUACCCUGGGUCAGUAUACCAGUGGCAUUUCCAAUCAUGGGCAGUCAUUCUCACUGGACUUUCAAUUGAAAGUCGAGGAAGAUUUUCAGCUAGUUGAGGCCUUGAAUCUUCCGACUUGGCCACUGUUUCUGGACCGGCUGCAUCUUUUUGUCAAAAACGAAAGACCUUGA